AACUGUUGCCCAGUUGCCAGCAGUUGAAUUGUCAGCAUAAAUGUGCGGUGGUCAGAAAUAGUACAGUGUGCUACUGUGAGGAUGGGUUUGAAAUAAAAGAAGAUGGAAGAAGUUGUAAAGAUCAAGAUGAAUGUGCUAUUUAUGGUACAUGCAGCCAGUCCUGCAUAAAUACAUAUGGAUCCUAUGCUUGCAGUUGUGUGGAAGGCUACAUAUUGCAGCCAGACAAUAGAUCCUGCAAAGCCAAAAAUGAACCUACAGAUAAACCACCUUUGCUAUUAAUUGCAAAUUCUGAAAUGAUUGAGAUUUUCUAUCUUAAUGGAAGUAAGAUGGCAACCCUGAGCUCGGUAAAUGGAAAUGAAAUUCAUACUCUGGAUUUUAUUUACAAUGAAGAUAUGAUUUGUUGGAUUGAAUCAAGAGAAUCUUCAAAUCAGCUCAAGUGUAUUCAGAUAACAAAAACAGGAAGAUUAACAGAUGAAUGGACGAUCAGUAUUCUUCAGUCCUUCCACAAUGUGCAACAAAUGGCAAUUGACUGGCUCACCAGGAAUCUCUAUUUUGUGGACCAUGUCAGUGACCGGAUCUUUGUGUGUGAUUACAACGGGUCUGUGUGUGUCACCCUGAUUGACCUGGAACUUCAUAAUCCGAAGGCAAUAGCAGUGGAUCCAAUGGCAGG